CCAGGACGCACCAGCAGCCCCCGUCUCUGCUGACUCAGUGCCUUACCAGCAGUCCCUCCACCCCGAGACAACAGCAUCCAGCUACCGACGCACACUCCUCCGGUCGACGCGCCCCGGCAUCACCACCGUACUCGCAGAAAUGGCUAAGACCGCAAUCGCUUACAAAGAGAAGAUGAAGGAGAUCUCAGUUCUCUCCCUUAUCUGCUCUUGUCUGUAUCCGGAGACCCGUAAAAACAUCAUGGGCGACUUCGAAGACAUGGACAUCAAGCCCAUUAACAAGCGGGCCUCAGGCCAGGCCUUUGAGGUCAUCCUGAAGCCGCCCUCCCCCGUGUCCGAUGUGGCCCACUGCGUCACCAGCCCCCCGAAGAGGGACAUUUCCCUGGAGGACAUCCAGAAGAAGCUGGAGGCAGCUGAGGAGCGGAGGAGAUCCCAGGAGGCGCAGGUACUCCAGGCCCUGGCUGAGAAACGGGAGCACGAGCGCGACGUGCUGCUCAAGGCCAUGGAGGAGAACAACAACUUCAGCCGCAUGGCCGAGGAGAAGCUCCAGAUGAAGAUGGAGCAGAUCGAGGAGAACCGGAUGGCUUACCUGGCCGCCAUUAUGGAGCGCCUGCAGGAGAAGGAGAAGCACGCCCAGGAGGUGCGCAGGAACAAGGAGUUGAGAGAAGAGCUAACAGCAUGAGAACCCCAACAGGUUCUACAUCCCCACCUCAGAAACCCCCCUUCCCCCCUCUAUCACCACCCCCGACCCCUGAGGAACACCCCCACCCCACCCCUCCACCGGCUUAUCCCACAUUUCCCCCCACACUUCUCCAGCCUCCCCCCGCCCGCCCCCGCCCUGCCAUACUCCGUCAUUCUACUACGAUACUACAACAGGCUGAGACACCACCCUGAGGCAGUGGGAGGUUCGAACGGUGUUGGGGGUGGAAAACAAAACAAACCGAAAAAAAUCAAAAAUGGUCUUAAAAAUGAGGAAAAUUAAUGUCUCCCACCCACUCUUCCCAAAACAAAAAAAAAAGAAUGUUUUUGCUCAAACGAGAAGAAAAGAAAAAAAAAUCGAAUUGACAAGUGACAAGUGGGUAUUGGUUUUUGUAAAUACUUCUUUUUUUGUUAUAUACAGUAUGAGACAAGCAGCAAAAGUAUUGAUUGCAGUGUGCCAUUUUUAUAUAUAAGUUUCCUCUCCUUGCAUAAAUAUGGGUGUAAUGAUUUGUUCAUUUCCAUGUUUUUUCUUUUCUUUGUUCAUUCCAGCCUGAGAAUCUUUCUGUUUUUUUGAGGUUUCUCUCGUGUGGUAACAGGCUUAGAUGUUUGUCGUGAGUUUGACAGCUAGCUGAUGUGUCGCCGCGAUGGGCUGCGUCCUCACAAGGCCCCGCAGCCUGGCUCUGUUCCCCUCGUCCCUUCAAGUGGGCGCGCUCACUCAUUUGACCCCUCGGAUCUGGAAGCGGAAUAAAAAAAAAAUUGGAUCGCCGUGAUUUUCCAUCCAGUCCGCGCCAGUGUUUCCAAUUAGCGAGGGGGGGAAGUUGGCAGAGGGAAGCGGGGACAGUUUGCUCUCCUGUCGGGGGGCGCAGGCCGUCGCUGCACAUCCCCUCCUGUGAGGUAGAUGGUGACUGUGCCACAGGAGUAACACUAUAGCAUUUAAUGAGCCCAUCCUCAUCCUCCCCUCCCUCCAUCUGCAGCCUCUCCAUCUCUCCACACGUAAACAUACCGUAGAAGCACUCACUCACACGCUCCCCACAUGGGCAGGCGUUUGUCCAAUCACAGCACAGAGCUCGGGAGGAGCUCGCCAAACUCUGUCCAUCUGGCAACCGGAAAAAUCACAAACAACAUCUGUGGCGGGCCUCUUGUAUGUGUCACAAACUCCAGUCACAUUUCAAUCACUGUAAUACACAACACAGCUGAGGUUCAAGGGCAUCAGAACGCUCAGAGCAAAGAACAACAAAACAUCACCUGAGAUCAGCCUUGUUACUGUGAAUCUUACACUGGAGAAAAUACAAAGGAGUUACACCUCUCGCCAUCUCAUUUAGAGGCUAGAGUAGUGUUCAACGUCAUCAGCACCACCUGGAAUCAUUGCACUUCACUCCAAGACACCGUCAACGCCACCGCAAGGUCGGCGCGAGAACUAUAUUUAAGCCAUAACAAGGUAUCACUGCAACAAUGAUCCAUGAACACAGUAUUUCCCUCUGUAAAGGUGUACAUGAGUGUAUUAAAGCAUCAGAGUAGUUUGUAACCGGGGGUGUUGAAGCCUGAGGUUGAACCCUGUCGGUCACAUACACACGGAAUAGGCCCAUAGGUGUGUGUGAGUGUGUGUGUGAGUGUGUAUUUCAGAAAGGGCGGGUAGAUGGCCGAGCGUUUGAUCUGUUGAAGUGUAAACCGACACAGUGUGUAACAACUGUUCACCACAGACAGUGACUAUACCCUACCUGCCUCUCUCUAUCUCUCUAUCUCUCUCUCUCCUCCGUCCAUUUGUGUGUUUCCCCCUCUCCACGUAUAUCUUUGUGAGCAAGCAGUGGUUAAUAAAGAUUUGGGGUUCAGUGAAUGAAA